AUGGCAGGCAAGAAGAGAAAAACGGAAGGAGGAGGAGGAGGAGGAGGAGGAGGAUCUUCAUCAGCAACAGCCGUAGAGCCAGCAAAGAAUCCAGGGUUGUCCUUGAUUGACGACGAUGACAUGGAAGAGGAAGAGAACAGAGUGACUGUCGAUCAGGAAGCGGGGGAGGAAGACUCGUCUUCGGAUGGUGGGGAGGAGUUGGAGGACGACAAGGUCGAGGAGAGCAAGUCCAGGGAUAAGCUAUGGGAUGAUCCAACGCACGAUGAGAUGAAGGGUUUGAAAGAGACAGAGCUCCUCUACAAAUCCUCCCUCCUUCGACUGGAGAUGAACGAGCUGCAGUCGGAGGUCGAGGUAGACUACACGAAGCUGGGGCCGCUUGAGGACUGGCUGCACUCCUUCAAGAGCUUCCUCGAGAAGAUCCCGCGGUCCACAAUCAAGGACAAGGGUCUUGAUGCUCUCUACACCGUCAAGGGACAGCAGUUCCAGUUCCUUCCCCCUACUCAGGUGGAGCUGGUCGGGUCGUUCCUGCUGAGGACGCUGGUCAAGCCCGACCUGAAUGUCGACAUGGCGGUGGAGAUGCCGGCCGACUGCCUUCACGCCAAAGACUUCCUCAACGGAAGGUUCAUGUACAAGCGCAACAUGUACCUCUCCCACAUCGCCAAGGCCCUAGGCUCGUCGGGGAACAACCUGGUCGAGUCUGUGAGCUUUUCACGGUCGGGCUACCACAGGGGUCAGCUGGUCCUCGUCCUCAAGCCCCGGGCCCUUGCAGGGCUGAGCGCCAAGUUCCUUGUCAAGCUCUUCGUCUGCCCUCCCGCUGACUUCUUCCCCCUUCAGCGCUUCCGCCCGACCCGCAACAACUUUCGCAGCCAGGACGGAGACAUCGCCCUAGAGCCCCCGACGCCGCACUACAACGCGCUGAUGGCAGAGCAGCUGCGGCUCCUUCCUCAUCUCCAUGUGCUGCAUGCUGAGUUCUCGAGGUGCCAGGCGCUGGUUGACGCGGCCCUCCUGCUCAAGGUAUGGGUGCGGCAGCGGUGCUUGGACAGCGCGUGGGACGGGCUCAACGGGUUCAUGCUCUCGAUGCUGCUGGUGUACCUCGUUCAGAACCGAACCAUCUCGCGGGGGAUGAGCAGCUACCACAUGCUUCGAGCCGCCUUCGUCUUCCUCUCCAAGCGGGAGAACCUCGAGAGUGGAGUUCACCUGACCCCGACCGAGGAGGCCAAGAUUUCAGUGGAGGAGGCGAUGGAGGAGUUCAGGGGCAGGUACCCAGCGGUCCUGCUGGACCAGUCGCUUGCUGUCAACGUGCUGAGCCGCCUCUCUCACUCCGCCGUCUCUGAGCUCACGCACGAGGCCCGUGCUGCCCUCCUCUGCCUCGAACACGACCUCCGCGAUGGCUUCAGCCCGCUGAUGCUGACCCGCGUCUCUCUUCUCUGCAAGUACGACGAGAUCCUGGUGAUAGAGCUGGAGGAGGUGGAGGAGGAUGCGAGCGGGGAGAGGCUGGGUGGAGGAGAGUGGAAGGAGGCGAUCGGGUUCAACAAAGAGCCGGGGAUGUCAAACGCGCAGGCUGUGGAGAAGGCAGUGCUCUCUGUGCUCGACAAGGCCCUAGGGGACCGCAUGCACUUUGCUCGAGUCCUUCCAGAUCGAACAGAGGAGGCGAACAUGUUUCUCUCAGAGAAGAUCGCCGGGAAACGGGGAGGCAACAGCGUCCUGCAGGACAGCUUCGAGACGUUGGAGGAGGCAGGGGGGAGGAGCGGGUGGGCAGCGAGCGGGAGGAGGAGGAUCUUUGUGGGCAUGCUACUCAAUGAGGAGACCAGCACGAGAAAGAUCGACCGAGGGCCCUCGGCUGACGAUGCGAAUGCUGCGAAAGAGUUUCGGAAGUUCUGGGGUAACAAGUCCGAACUUCGAAGGUUCAAGGACGGAUCCAUCCAGGAGACCCUGUCGUGGGACGAGGCUGAGCGAGCCGGCGGGAGGAACGCCAUACCCUCCGCCAUCGCCGCCUACGCGCUGAAGCGACACAUCCCAGAGCUCCGAUCCUCCCGCGUCCUUGGCAUCGCCGGCUCUUCGGAGGAGAUCUUGAAGCAGCAAGGGGAAGGGAGCUUUGGGCGCUGGAGGGAGGAGGAAGUAGCCUCCUCCUCCUCCUUCAACGUCAUGGACAAGCUUGCCAAGACCAUGAUGUCCAUCAGUCCCUCCAAGCUUCCUCUCCCCGUCCUCUCCCUCCAGCCUCUCUCCACCAGGGUCAGAGGCCUCGGAGCCCUCGACGUCUCCGUCCACCCACUGGCGUUCAAGGUGGGGCCGGAGGAAGGGAGCAAGAAGCGCAAGCGGCAGGAGGAGGCGCGACUUCGGCUGAACGCUGAGAGCAUCGACUGUGUACUGCAGCUGCAGGAGAGCGGGAAAUGGCCGGACGAGGUGGAGGCCAUGAGGACCCUGACCUCGGCCUUCUACCUCCAGAUGGCAAGGUGUCUCAACGAGAUGGAGAGCAGCUCCUUCGUUGCCAAGGCCUUCUCUGACCACCUGCAGGUUCUUGGCAACGGGUAUGCAUUUCGUCUAUACAUUUGGAACAACCGAGAAGUGAAGCUGCUCAAGGCCAUGGGCGAGAAGGCAGAGGCAAUCAUGCUCGAGGAAGAGUUCUUUCACCGACCACAGCACGUGGCCUCCCUCGUCGCUGUCUCUCAGAAGUUCCCAGCCAUGCCCGGAACCCUCCGUCUCUGCAAGCGCUGGGUUGCUUCCUCCUUCCUCUCCACUGAAGUCGUCGACCUCGAGUUCGACUCAAACCCGAUGACCAACGAGCUCUACAAGGAGUGUGUCGACGCAGCAGAGGACAAGGGGGGAGUGCGAUGGGUGUCCAAGUGUCUCAGCAAGAUGGCGUGGAGGAGGAGCAUAACGCUUGCGAGGGAGGCGCUGAAGAAAAUCAGCCGGAGGGUCUGCGAGGGGAGGGAGGGCGUCCUCCAGCAGGCCUACCGGCGCAACAUCAGCAGCUACGACGUCGUGCUCUGGGUCAAGAGCGGCAAGUCGCUCGAGAAGUCACAGCUGGGGGAGAACCUUCUGGUCGGCUUCUGCCCUCUCACUUGCCUGUUACAAGAGCUGAAGGAGAAGUAUGGGAGGUUUGCAGUCUUCUGGGGAGACACUCUGAGAGGAGACUGCAUCGUCGUUCUCUGGUCCCCUGCCAUGGCGGCGGGGGGGCAACUCACCGUCGCUCACGCCUCCAACACCUUCCCGCUCUCCCUCAUCAAGGGCGCAAGGGAUGCUGGGGAGGGGAAGGAAGAGGACAAGGAAGUUAUCCCGGACUACCUGUCAAUGCUGUGCGGCUUCAAGAGGGUGGGAGAAGGGCUCGUGAGCAAGGUAGAGGUUCUUGCAGGAGCUCGGGUUGUGCCGUAA